AAGGUAGCCGCAGGCAGGGUUGUGGCACCGGGAAGGGAGGUGGAGACAGGCCCGGAUCAUAAAGAAGGGGGGGUGAGUAUGUUGGCAGGCAGGCAGGCACAGGAGUGUGAAGAGCAGUCGUGCUUUUUCACAGCAAGAAGAAAGACAGGAAGUGUUCUCGUCUGCUGUUGCAUGUGUGAAUCGGGGUGUGGAAAUGAGUUUCUAAAAAAAACUUGAAAAGUCGAGGCGCAGCGACAGCAAGCAGACAUGAGCGUGGAGGCAGGAGGUCAGCGCCGCUACGUGUCCACCUUCAGGAUACACCUCAAGGCUCCUCAUACUGGGAACGGGCCUGGAAGCAAAGACCAGGGGACUUUGGACUCAGGUCUCCUUCCAUCCCACAAGCCCACGGACCAGCCCGUCUUUGUGGAGCCUCUGCAGGACUGCUGCGUGGACGAAGGCGAGGACAUCAAGUUGCGCGGCGUCCUCUCUGGGAGUCGACCUGACAACGUGACCUGGUUACACAAUGGUGAGGCGGCUCUUUUCGGGAUUCCGACCCUGAAUGGCGGCGAGGUGAGCUUCGCCGUGCGGGAGUGCUUGCCGGAGGAUGCCGGUGCUUAUACCUGUUUGGUGGAAAACGCGGCGGGGAAGACUUCCUGCUGUGCUGCCGUCUUUGUCAGAGACUUUGAAACUAUUCACGGCGAGCAGACAACCAAGAGCAUGAUGGGAAACGGGAAUCCGCCUCACGCUCCUGCAGAAACCUUGCAGAAUUCCAUCGAGACCACUUCCACUUCCCCGACCAUCACAGUCUCUUCUCCUCGAGAGGUCGUCCCGAAGAAGAGAGCCAACUCUGGAACUGGUCCGGUGUUGCACUUCGAGAAGCCUCCGCAGCACGUGGAAGUGAAGGCGGGAUAUCCUGCACGCGUCACGUGUCGGUUCACCUGCAGUCCGCCUGUGGUGUCUUGUUGGAUUCGAAACAAAGAGCAGAUAGUAGCCGGUCCUGAAGUGUGGACAGAGAAUUCGGAUGACAGUAGCACGUUGGUUCUGGCUGAGGCUGGAGUCUAUCACACGGGCCGCUACACCGUGGUAGUGAAGGACCGUAAGAGCUCGGCCCAACACACACUCACACUCUCCGUUAUAGACACACCACAGCCCCCCGCCUCUUGCCCACUGGUGACCCUGCUGUCCUCCAGAAGCCUGGUACUGUCCUGGUCGGGCCCCUCCUACGACGGGGGCAGCGCCGUCCUGGGCUACGUAGUGGAGGUCAAGAAGGGACGGAACUGGACCGAGCUGACAUCUCAGUGUAAGAGUACUUCCUACAGAGUGUGUGCAGGCCUGCAGCCCGGGGAGGAGUACUGCUUCAGGGUGAGGGCCUACAACACGGUGGGGGUCAGUGAACCGGGACCGCCGUCACCUGUGGUCGCCAUGGAGGUCAAGGAUUCUGGUUCCGCACCACGAGAGGAGGAGGAGGAGGAGGAGGCCCCCCAGGUCUCAGAGGUCAUCAUAGACGGUGCACACAAAGUCACAGACCACUAUGACGUGCAGGAGAAACUGGGCAUGGGGAAGUUUGGUCUGGUGUUCAAGCUGAGGCACAAAGAGAGCGGCCGCGUGUGCGCCGGGAAGUUCUACAAAGGUCGGCGCACCAAGGAGAGGGAGGCCGCCCGUAACGAGAUCGAGCUGAUGAAUAAGCUCCAUCAUCCCAAACUGGUCUGCUGCCUGGCCGCCUAUGACCACAAGCCGGAGAUGGUUAUGGUCAUGGAGUUCAUCGCAGGCGGCGAACUCUUUGAGCGCAUCGUGGACGACAGCUUCGAGCACACGGAGCCCGCCAGCGUGCGUUACAUGCAGCAGAUCCUGCAGGGCGUCUCCUUCAUGCACCGGCAGAGCAUCGUCCACCUGGAUCUCAAACCUGAGAACAUUGUCUGCGUGGACACCACCGGCACCGCCAUCAAGAUUAUAGACUUCGGAUUGGCCACCCAACUCGAUAACAGGAGCCCUCUGAGGGUGAUGCAGGGGACUCCAGAGUUUGUCGCCCCGGAGGUGAUCAACUACGAGCCCGUGUGCUUGGCCACAGAUAUGUGGAGCAUCGGGGUCAUCUGCUACAUCCUAUUAAGUGGUGAGUCGCCCUUCCAGGGAAGCAGCGACGCCGACACCCUGGCAUUGGUCACAGCAGCUCAGUGGGAGUUUGACGAGGAGAGCUUUGAGGAGAUCACCGAUGAGGCCAAAGAUUUCAUCAGCUCGCUGCUGGAGGAAGACCCCAGACGACGGAUGGCAUGCGAAGACGCCCUGACUCACCCGUGGAUGGCGGCCUUUGACUCAGAAGACCCCGCCUCCACCAAGAGUCUUCCCAAGGAGAAGAUGAAAAGGUUCCUUGCCAGGCAGAAAUGGAAGAAAGCAGGCAAGGCCAUGCUGGCGUUGAAGAGAAUGACGUUGCUGAGCAAAGGGGAGGGCUCAGCGUCGCCCACCAGCCCCUCCGAAGACUCCCCGUUGACACCAGAGACAGAAGACGCACUUAUCUCUUUGGAGCGCAAGAUGCAGGGACCACCCAAAUUCACCAAGACCCUACAAGACCAGACGGUCUCUGUAGGAUCCAGUGCCCACCUAUCCUGUCACCUCACAGGAUAUCCUGACCCGGAUGUGGUAUGGCUGUGCGGGGGGGAGCCUGUGGAAGAGUCGCCUGCCGUCCAAAUCGAGUACGAGGAAGACGGCCGCUGCACGUUGAUCCUGACCAAAGUCGGACCUCAAGACGCCAACGUUUAUACCUGCAAAGCCGCUAACCAGCACGGAGAAACCUUCUGCUCGGCAUCGCUCACCGUCCGAAAUCCAUGUUAAAAUUUUGCUUGUAUAAAAUACUGUGUAAACAU